AUGGAGGCUGCCCAGCGGUCCUGGGAGCUUGAGAACGCCAUAACCGUCUUCGACCCCCAACGCGACGCCCUCUAUCAAUAUGAUGCCGCCAUAGAAAAAGCCCUCAACAAUGAGCGACCCUGGGCCUCCGACCCAUACUAUUUCAAGCAUGUCCGAAUCUCCGCCACAGCACUAUUAAAGAUGGUGAUGCACGCCCGCUCAGGCGGCUCCCUAGAAAUCAUGGGUCUCAUGCAAGGUUACAUCCUCCCGAAUACCUUUGUGGUAACCGAUGCAUUCCGGCUACCAGUCGAAGGCACCGAGACGCGAGUGAAUGCACAGGACGAGGCAAACGAGUACAUGGUCUCAUAUCUGCAAUCCUGCCGAGACGCAGGACGAAUGGAAAACGCAGUGGGAUGGUAUCACAGUCACCCCGGGUACGGGUGCUGGUUAUCUGGGAUUGACGUCGCAACGCAACAAACGCAGCAAAUGACGGGACCCUUUGUCGCCGUCGUGAUCGAUCCGGACCGUACCAUUUCCGCUGGCCGCGUUGAGAUCGGCGCUUUCCGCACAUUCCCUUCGGACUUUACGCCGCAAAAGGAGGCGAGCGAGGACGACGAGUAUCAGACUAUCCCGCUUGGCAAGGCGGAGGACUUCGGUGCACAUGCCAAUCAGUACUAUUCUCUUGACGUUAGUCACUUUAAGAGUACGCUCGAGGCGCAAAUAUUGUCCCUUCUGUGGAAUAAGUACUGGGUUGCGACUCUGAGUCAGAGCCCGCUGUUCACUUCUCGGGAUUUCGGCAAUAAGAAAAUUAUGGACCUCAGCCAGAAGGUGCGCAAUGCUUCGCGUGGAAUGGAGAAUACUGGUGGUCCUCGUGGUAGUAGCUCUACCAUGAAAAACCAACAACUGGACAAAAUUGUCCGCGGCGGACAGCAGGUUGUAGCCGAGGAAGUCAAGGGUCUUCUUGCUUCUGAAACCAAACUGAAGCUCUUCCACGGCAUUGGAAAUCAGACCCCUUCGGAGUGA